GCUUACAAUGCGCAACAGAUGGAUCACGGCUUUCAGUCGUAGAGCGUUUGCUGCUGCGUUUCGACCUCAUCGUUCUACCGCAACAAUGUCCGAUGCUAAAAGAUCGAAAGUUGCUGAAGAAUUUCAAGGAUACACAGACAGCGAAGGCCGUUACGUCAACAAGCAAGCUGCAGUCGGAGUCGUAAAGGAUGAAAUUCCAGAUGAUGUGAAAGACUGGAGCACGAAUCAUAAACCUUCCGGACUGCUAUUCACUCCCCUGAAGAGUGCUGCCGAAUGGUCCAAGUUUCGACUGACACAGAAACAGAUCGAUCAGUAUUGGCAACAGGGUUAUCUCUCUAAUAUUCCUGUAUUGACGGAAGAACAGUGUGACCGAAUACUCGAUGAUUACAAACUGUUUACGAAUCCAGAAGAACGCCAUCGGGGCCACGGCUUGUUCUACGAGUUUCACAGCAAUCAAAGCGGUGAUCCGAACAACGUACUGAUGCAUGCUUUGGGACACUGGAGGAUCACACAGUUGUUCCACGAUCUCGUCUUCGUGCCUGCCAUUACAGUUGCCAGCUCUCAGUUAAUUGAUCCGAGUCGGAAGGAGAGAGACAUUCGUUUGUGGCACGAUCAGUUGUUUGCCAAGCCGGCCAGAUAUGGAGGCGUUGUCGCUUGGCAUCAAGAUUACUCGUACUGGAUAAGAACAAAGCCAAUGCUCCACCUCACAGUUCAUGUUGCAGUCGAUGAGCAGACUGUCGAGAACGGUGGCUUACAUUUCGUACCGGGAUCGCAUCGAUGGCACAGAGAUGGCAUGCCACUACCCAUCACGGACGAUUCAUUUGCAGACAUGGAGUCGAUCCAGAAAGUUCUUACCAAUGAGGAACGAGCAGCCUUCAAGCCGGUCCCGGCAUUGCUCAAGAAAGGCGAGGCCAGUUUUCACCAUCCGCUCAUGGUUCACGGCUCAUUUUCGAAUCAGACCGACAAACCGAGAAGAGCUGCCGUUGUAAACUAUAUUGCAGACGGCGUGUAUUCGGAUUCAGACGACCCCAUACUGGCCGGUACUCCUCUUGUGAAGAAGGGAGAGAAAAUGGGAGGUCAGUUUUAUCCUCUCGUGUACGAAACACGUUACUGCCAAGAAGGAUCCAACUGAUCAAAUUGUAGAUUUCAAUGUCCACAUUUAUUAGUAUACACAGUGCAGCACAAACUACUUUGUACUGUUUCUAUUUUUUAAAGGUGAUACCAAUGAGAGUUUUGAAGUGAUAAAAUGCUUAGAGGCA